ACCGAUCUAUACACCAUGGAACCACAGAGUGAGCACAAGCAGCUUAUGAAGGUUGCACUGGAGGAAGCAGAGAUCAGAGAAGCUUACCUGAAGAAGCAGUUAUGGGGCCAGCAAGCUGCAUCCAUUCUUCAGCAGAUGUAUUGCGAGCGGGUUCGCCGGCAACUUGCUACAAAGGAGAAGGCCGAGGGAUGGGGAGGGAAAGGGAAGUUGAUGGUGGAUGGGAAGGCUAAGCUGUUGUCGGGAGAUGCCUUCGUGGCGAUGGUUAUCGAGCAUGAAGAGACGCAGAAAAGGGAGGCAGCUGAGAAGGAG